CCGAACACUGGCAUGGCUGGGGUGCUGUGGAAGAUGCUUUUAGUGAGCAGCGCACACCGCAAGCCGUCAUUCGGUGUACAAUGGACACUGGGACAGUGAGAAAAUGAAGGAGACCCUCUAACGCAUUUCGAGGCCCUCCGUCGUACUAGCAAUCCGCAAGAUGUAAUCUACCUGGAAUCAACCGAGUGGGCGGUGGGGUGACUUUAUACAGCGUGAUGCGGUUUUAGCCUAUUUGCUGCUGCAAGAAUGGGUUCACAGGUUGUGCAAACGCUACGCCAAGGGGUCUGGGCUUCAUUGACCGGUGGAUGGUAUCAUGACCCAGACCAGAAUAAAUUCAACAACUCAUGCCAUCUUUAUUUAUGGAUGUUUUUGCUAAUGUUACCGCUUUCUCUACAUUUGGCACUUCCACCCACUACCCUGGUCCUCAGUAUAUACUGCACAUCAGUGACAGUUCUCUUCAUCCUCAUAAAGAUGGUCAACUAUCGGCUUCAUUUGAUGUUUGAUGAAGGUGACAUUGUAGCUCAGAAUAGUAUGUCUGACAUCAGCAAAGAUGUAGACAAAAAAAGUGAUGCGUCUGACUCCUGUCUUCCAGCCACCUUGAGGAAGAGCAGCACAGCCCCUGAUAGUGUUGCCAUGGCAGUGCUGACUAGAAACAGGCCAAGUCCAAUUAUCCAAGUCACUGUAAAACAGACUGAAACAGACCCUGGACUGAUUGGGGAGUGCCCAAAGGAGGAUUCAAAGAACACAGAGGGACAAGAUGACACAUCCUCUCAAAAGAAGCCUAAGGAAAAAGCAGAGCCUGAGGAGAGACUGACCCCUGAAGACGGAUUCAGCCCCAGUAGUGACCAGUCAGCCCCACUCUUACAGGGGGAGCAAAGAGAGCCAACCCAUGGGGACAUGGCUCAUGAUGGCCUGCCCCUAUCGGCUGGCAGUGAGGAGGAAAGUGAAGAAGAACCAGAGGAAGAGAAACCACUGCAUCCAGAUCCCAACAACAACAAUAAUAACAGCCCAACUCCAGAACUCACACAAGAAGGGCAGGGGGAAAGGAACUCAGAGCAGGUGUACUGCUCGGAUGAGAUUUCUGUGGUGCAGGUUGACAACUCAGGUUCGUCCGCACACCUGGACGAGAGUGACACAGUGAAGAUCAUCAUUACAGUGAGCUGUGACCCACAGACAGCAGCUGAGCUGGAGGAGUCGGCCCACCUGGCUCAGCAGGAGACGGCAGCGGCAGGAGAUGGCCCCGUCAAAGUCCCUGUCGUCGCAUUUGAUUUGCCCCACGAGGAAGAGAAAUGUUGUGACCAAGACCAAAAACAAGAAACGCCCAUCUGUAGGGAGAAGUCUGCUCAGCAACAGUCUACGGAUCACGAGAUACAUGUCGAGGACGAGACAGUUAACUCUGCCUCCACCCAGGGCUGCCAGGCAGCGCAGUCAAAUGAAGAUGAGGAGGAGAAGCCUACUCCACAUCUGACUAAUAACAGUUCUUCUGGCAUCGAUGUUAACUCCCAUCCUGAAGAAAAUGAGCCUUCCGAGCUGAAGUAAACACUGAUGGAUUCUUGCAGAUCCUUCAGGUUCAGGAGGGUUGGUGCAGGUGGAAGGACACACAUAAGAGGGCUCAGCAUCGACAGUGGGAGAGAUGCUGUCCUGAUCGACCAUUGGACCAAAGACAAGUUCCAGACCAUGACCUCCUCCAAGUCAGAUUUAGAAGCCAAAGAGGGCCAACUGCCCGAUGAGUCCAACUUUGUUGAAUUUGUAUCACUCUUGGAGUCUCUCAGCAGUACCAGAGGCGGAGGAGCUACGCAGACUGAGGAUGCAUUGAAGGAGGAGAAAACAGACAGAGAGGGUGAAGACCACGGUGGCCAUGAAGAAUUAGAAAACACAGAAAUGACUGGACAGCAAGGACGCCCAAACCCUCCAAACACUCUGACUACAGACACUCUGCACACCUUUCCAGAGAAACGGAUUCCUAUCGUGUCUCCUGAUAGCCCCCAGACAGAUAAGGAAAGGGAUCCAGACUACGACUCUCUGCCCUCUCAAACCUCCCAGUCAGAGAGCUCCAUGCUACAGGUCAUCUGUAGACCAGAGGCAACAUCCAAAGAGCAAGCAUACACCUUUCACACAGUGCACAGUAAACGGCCUCGAAGGCUGUAUAAUGAAAGAGCAUUAAAUUUACCUCUUGGAGCUGAACUCAUCACGGGCAACAUAUGUGAUCUCCUUUCCACGUCCUCAAACUCUGAGUGCCAGGAUGGUUUAGUGGGCGGUCACUCGGAGUGCCCGUUUCAGCACUGCAUUACUCCAGCCCACCGGCUCAGACCCCGGAGGACCCACCCGGAGGUCUUUCAGGAGGAGGAUUCUCUUAAUGAAUCCUCUGACACAUCUACUCAGGAAAAGCCCUCCCAGAAGCUGUACUACAAGCUCAAAAUUUUUCCCGGGAAAUGGGUCAAUGUCUUGUACGAUCGGCUGACCUUGACGGCGCUGCUAGACAGGAAUCAGGACAUGACUGAAAACAUGGUGGCAGUCUUCCUAGCUUUCCUGGUCGCUUUUCUGGGCUUUGUUCUCCUUAACCAGGGCUGUUUCAAAGACUUUUGGGUUUUCCAGUUUUGCUGUGUCAUCGCAAGCUGUCAAUACUCCUUACUAAAGAGUGUUCAGCCAGACGCAGCGUCGCCUACGCACGGACAUAAUCAAAUCAUUGCCUACAGUCGAGCUGCCUACUUCUGCGUGUUCUGUGGCCUUAUUUGGAUUCUGGAAUUAUUGCUGAAAAGAUCAGACCUUCCUGUGUCUACUAUGUAUGGCAUUACAAUUGUAAUGUCAGACAGCCUUCAGUUUGUGCAGGAUGUUUUAAUUGGGUUUACAUACUGCUUCCCGAUAAGCUUUCUCCUUGGCCUUCUCCCACAAAUCAACACCUUUAUUAUUUAUGUUUUAGAGCAAAUCGACAUGCACUUGUUUGGUGGGACAGCUGCAACCGGACUCUGUUCAGCCUUCUUCUGUAUAGCGAGGAGUCUGAUGGCAUUGAUUUUACUUUAUGGAUUCUGUUUCGGUGCCCUGAAGGAACCGUGGGACGAGCAGCACAUACCAGCCCUGUUCUCGGGGUUCUGUGCCCUGCUGGUGGUCCUGUCCUACCAUCUCAGUCGACAAAGCAGUGAUCCCUCCGUGCUCUUCUCUUUGAUUAAGUCCAAACUAGUGCCAGCACUAGGGGAUGGUGAGGCAGAGGAGGAGUGUAGCGAGAGCGCAGAUCCACUUCCAGACAAGCUCAGCCGCUCAGUGAGAGAAAGAUUGAUCUCAGAUCUGGUUGUCUGUUCCAUUGCUUCAGUUUUAACUUUCGCAGUUACUGCCAGUACAGUCUUCUUGUCCUUAAGGCCCUUUGUCAACAUAGUGCUGUAUACCCUGGCAGCGACCGUGGGGUUUGUCACCCACUACCUCCUCCCUCAGCUGCGGAAGCACCACCCCUGGCUCUGGAUCUCCCACCCUGUGCUAAAGAGUAAGGAGUACUCCCAGUUUGAACCCAGCGAGGAUGCUCAGUUGAUGUGGUUCGAGCGGCUCUACGUAGGGCUAGUGAGCUUUGAGAAGUACAUCGUCUACCCUGCCAUUGUCCUCAGUGCUCUGACCACUGAUGGCUUUGCGCUCAGUCACAGGACAAAGCUGGGUACACACUGUGAUGUCUUGUUGAUGACAGUUGCUGGGAUGAAGCUCCUGCGCUCCUCUUUCUGCAAUCCCAGUUAUCUCUUCCUCACCCUCAUCUUUACCAUCAUCUUCUUCGAGUUUGACUACAGCAGGGCAUCCGAGACCUUUCUACUCAACUUCUUCUUAAUGUCCAUAGUCUUCCACAAGCUCUGGGAACUUCUCAAUAAACUACAUUUCAUUCUGGUGUACAUUGCACCGUGGCAGAUAGCAUGGGGCAGUGCCUUUCACGCCUUUGCUCAGCCCUUCGCCGUCCCACAUUCAGCCAUGCUGCUGCUGCAGACCCUGGUCACCACACUCUUCUACACGCCGCUGAGCCCGUUCCUGGGCAGCGCUAUCUUCGUCACCUCCUACCCGCGGCCCGUCAAAUUCUGGGAGAGGAACUACAACACGAAGCGCAUUGAUAACUCCAACAGCAGACUGGUGUCUCAGGUCAACAAGGAGACUGGCUGUGAUGACAACAACCUGAACUCCAUCUUCUACGAGUACCUGACACGUUCGCUGCAGCACAGCCUGUGUGGAGACCUGCUGCUGGGCCGCUGGGGAAACUACAGUGUGGGUGACUGCUUCAUCCUGGCCUCGGACUACCUCAACGCCCUGGUGCACCUCGUCGAGGUUGGCAAUGGCCUCGUCACCUUCCAGUUGAGAGGCCUUGAGUUCAGGGGCACGUACUGCCAGCAGCGAGAGGUGGAGGCCAUCACGGAGGGCGUGGAGGAGGACGAGGGUUGCUGCUGCUGCGAGCCCGGCCACCUGCCCCACGUGCUGUCCUGCAACGCCGCCUUCGGCCUGCGCUGGCUGGCCUGGGAGCUCACCACAACCAAGUACCUGCUGGAGGGCUACAGCAUCAGCGAGAACAAUGCCGCCACCAUGCUGCAGGUGUAUGACCUGCGCAAGCUCCUCGUCACCUACUACCUGAAGAGUAUCAUCUACUACCUGGUGAUCAACCCGAAGCUGCAGGUGUGGCUUAGGGAACAGGCCGCGCACGAGACCCUGCAGCCUUACAGCAAAUGGCAUCACAUCGAGAGGGACCCGGCCGUGUUCAGCGUUAAGAUCGACGAGGACUAUGUUCACUGCCUGCAAGGCGUCACCAGGGCCAGCUACUGCAACGUCUACCUGGAGUGGAUCCAGCACUGUGCCAGCAAAAUGGACGAACCAGUGGAGUGUGAUGAGGACUCCGCCCUGGUCACGCUGUGUUUUGCUCUGUCUGUGCUGGGCAGGAGGGCACUAGGAACAGCCUCACAUAACAUGUCCAACAGUUUGGAGUCCUUCUUGUACGGAUUUAACACCUUGUUUAAGGGAGAUUUCCGCAUUGCGAUCAAGGAUGAGUGGGUCUUCUCUGACAUGGAUCUGCUACAGAAGGUGGUGGCACCUGCUGUGAGGAUGAGCCUGAAGCUUCACCAGGACCACUUCACGAGCCUGGAGGAGACGGAGGAGCCGGCUGUGCUCUACGAGGCCAUCACCACGUAUAGGAGCAGUCUGGUGAUAUGUGACGAGAGCGACCCCGCCUGGCGCAGAGCGGUACUGUCCAGCCAGGACACCCUUCUCACCCUGCGCCACAUGGUGGACGAUGGCACUGACGAAUACAAGAUCAUCAUGCUAUACAAACGCUACCUCAGCUUCAAAGUCAUCAAGAUCAAUAAGGAGUGUGUGCGAGGGCUGUGGGCUGGCCAGCAGCAGGAGCUGAUCUUCCUGCGGAACCGCAACCCCGAACGCGGCAGUAUCCAGAACUCCAAGCAGGCCCUACGCAACAUGAUCAACUCGUCAUGCGACCAGCCGCUGGGCUACCCCAUGUUCGUGUCUCCCCUCACCACUUCCUACAUGGGCACGCACAAACAGAUGAGGAGCAUCUGGGGAGGCGCACUCAGUUUAGAGAACAUCCGCUCCUGGAUCUUCUCCAGGUGGCUCCGGGUGAGGAAGGACAACCUGACGAGCUGCAACAGUGGCAUGAAUAUGGAAGACGUGGACUGUGCUGGAUCUUCCGUGAGCCAGACACAGAACUCCAUGACCUCCCAGAGCCUGAGCCUGCACCCGGCCAGACAGCGGACCUCUCACUCCAGACACUACAGCACAGGGCGACGGGAGUACCGCAGUCGAUCAGUGCAGCCGCAGGGCCAGCGGCCUCCCGUCACUAGCCGCUCGGGGCCAAUCCUGGACAGCCAGCAGGGCUCGCGUGGGCGGGGCCUAGCGCAGCGCCUAUCCAACAGCCAGCUGUCCUUCAACACGUCCUCCAUCGCCUCCGUCUUCUCACAGGCACCCCAGUUGUCGGGGGCAGGCCCCACGGCUGCCGGCCAGCAACGCUCAGGCCACGCCUCCUCAUCCAGCUCCACGCUCAGCCUGCUGUUCGGAAAGCGCAGCUUCUCCAGUGGCCUCGUCAUCUCCGGCCUGUCUGCAGCUGACGGGGGCAACACCAGCGACACGCAGUCGUCCAGCUCCGUCAACAUCGCCCUGGGGCCAUCAGUACGCUCUGCCACCCAUGCCACGCAGUGGACGACGGAAGCCUAUGAGAGUAUAGAUGCCACCUUCACAGUAGCCACGGGGCCCAAGGAGACCGUGGUGUCAGGUAGCGCUGUCUGCGGCCAGAGCACAGACAAGAUCCAGGAGUACUCGUCCUCAGCCUUCCACGAGGUGCUGGAGCAGAAGGCCCCCUGAGCCGUGCCUCGCCUCCUGCCUCACAACCGCAUGCCCUCACCCCUUGCAAGACAUUUUUUCAACCAAAACACAGAUUUCCCAUUCAAGGGGAAAGAAGUCAUGGGAUGGUGAAGACUGAAGUUGUGGCCGAAAGCUCUUACUGCCAUAUACAUACAACUGUUUUAUUUUUGCCAUACACAUUUUCUGCUUAUUGGUUAGAAACUUGAAAUGUUUAAUGCUCAAUGUUUUCAAAAAAGCUAUUAACAUGAAGUAAUAGUUUGAGGAAAAUAUCAAUUGUACACAAAUUGUAGUUUACUACCGGUCAUAAGCUUCCACGGCUUGUUAGCCAGGUUAGCCUCAGUGCAACAACUAAAAAUACAAAUUUUGAGCACCAUAUUCUUAGCUAAUGAACUACAUUUGUAUACAUUUUGACUUUCCACAAGCCAUUCUUUUUAGUCCCAGAAUGGAUUGCCCAUAUGACCCCUUUAAUGUUUAAGAGCACGUGCCGUCCUAGGAGCAUACACGAGUGUAGUGCGCUACACGUCCAACAUUCAGAUCAGAAUCUCAUGUUGGUUUUACAUAACAGAACGUAUUUGUUUCUCAGAAAGUGUUCAGUGUGGCUGGUGCUCAGUAUCAUACUGUAGGUAGGUGGCAAACAGCAAAAGCUUUUGUCUGUGUGCUCUGAAUCAAAAGCUCCAUAACACUGAAAUGCAGACAGGCAUUAGUACACUGCUAAAGCAUGUCGACUCCCUCUGCAAAGUGAAAAUAAUAAACUGACUGAAUGAGAGGGGCUAAGCACCCAGGUUUGGCAGAAUGGCGUAGGUGUUUGAAUACAGAAUAAGGCUGUCAGGGUCUAGGCACAGUAAAAGUCCCAGGUUUGGCAGAACGGCGUAGGUGUUUGAAUACAGAAUAAGGCUGUCAGGGUCUAGGCACAGUAAAAGUCCCAGGUUUGGCAGAACGGCGUAGGUGUUUGAAUACAGAAGGGGGAUGUCAGGGUCUAGGCACAAUAAAAGUCC